AUGGGUUCUCUUCCAGCCACUCAGGGAAUGAAGAUUCUCGUCUGCCCUUCUGGGUUCAAAGGAAGUCUUCAGCCUGAUGUCGCCGCUGACUGCAUUGAAGCCGGCAUCUUAUCUGUGAUGCCGGACGCUUCUGUCCGCAAGGCCCCCCUUGUUGAUGGAGGUGAGGGGUUUACUAGCGCGCUUGUAUCCGCGACUGGUGGCACCCUCCACUCCGUCACCGUCACCGGGCCCGUUGGCACCCCGGUUGCAUCAUUUUUCGGCAUACUGGGAACCGAGGACCCCAGUAAGCCGAAGACUGGCGUCGUCGAAAUGGCCGCCGCUGCAGGCUUAAGUCUCGUUCCCGCUCACCUUCGCAACCCUGGCCUUACUACCACGUUUGGCGUUGGUGAGCUUCUGAAGGCUGCUGUUGGAGCUGGGGCGAAGAGAAUCGUUGUUGGAUGUGGUGAUUCUGGCACUUGCGAUGGCGGCGCUGGAAUGCUGCAGGCUCUUGGCGCUCGGCUUAUAGACCAAGACGGACAUACUCUCCCUAUUGCAGCAGGGGGCGAGUCGCUUCUGCGCCUGGCCAACAUUGACCUCAGCGGGAUCGACAAUCGCGUCAAAGACAUGAACAUCGAGGUUGCGGUAAACUGGGACAAUGUGCUUUGUGGCCCCGAAGGUGUUGCCAGGGUUUUUGGCGCUCAGAAGGGGUCGAGUCCUUCGCAGACUGAGCGGCUUUCAGCAGCCAUGGAGGUGCUCGCCCUUGUCGCCGGUCAGCUCCUCUGCGACAAUAAAAUAGGUCUUUCGCCCGGCAGUGGAGCAUCUGGGGGGUUGGGCACCGGUUUGCGGUUGGUCGGUGCCAAGCUCCGGCCAAGAUAUGAGGUGGUGGCGGAGUAUGUGGAUGUUGACGGACUAUUCACGGACUGUGACCUGGUGCUCACAGCCGAGGGAGGCAUUGAUGAUCAGACGCCUCGGGGGAAGAUACCGGCAGAGAUUGCCAUGAGAGCGAAGAAGCAUGGUUUGCCCGUGAUUGCCCUUGCUGGGACCAUCGGACCAGGAGCACGGGUCAACUACGACGUCGGAAUCGAUGCGUACACUUGCAUUUUGCAACGACCAACCACGCUGGACGAGGCUAUUCUAGAGGCGGAGAAGCUAACUCGAGAGAGCGCAGAGUGUGUCAUGCGGAUGAUUGUCGUGGGACGGAUGCUGGCGUCCAAGAAGCCCUUUCCGAUGGGAGGGACGCAGCAGAGGCAGAAGCAGCAUCAGCCAGCUGCAGCUGCAUCGGCAUGGGUUUGA